AUGGGGGAUUUUCCAGGGCUGGUCAGCUCUGCAGUCUCCUCUGUGCUCUCCAGAGCGUCGGAGCCAAAGCAGGUGAGGCAGACCCUCAGCCCAGGCGGCCUUUUCCCAGAGACCCUUCUCACAGGGCCCCUCCCCAGAGGAGUCCACACCCUGCCCCCUCAAAGGCCCCCCAGAACUUGCUGGGGAGGGAAGGACCGACCACCGUGUAGAGGACAUGCAUCCAGGAAGGCGGCAGGAGUGGAGGCCAGGCGGGUGUCCACCGGCUUGAAGAUGGCAGAUGGCGGGGACGUGGCCUCUGGGGCUCCCCAGCCCACCUGCAUCAAGGUGGACAUCCACCAGGAGUCAGCUCUGGCCAAGCUGCUGCUGAGUAGGUGUCCCCUGCUGCAGCCCCACGUGCCCUCGCCGCACGCCGCCUCCCGGGCCCUGGGCCACCGCCGGCUGCUGGUGGCCUCCUGGGCGGUGCAGAUCGUGCUGGGGGUGUUCAGUGGGGUCCUGGGGGGAUUCCUCUUCAUCUCCUACACCACGCUGCUUGGAUCGGGAGCCCCCAUCUGGACAGGGGCUGUGGCUGUGCUGGCUGGAGCUGUCGCCUUCAUUUAUGAGAAACGAGGUGGCACCUACUGGGCCCUGCUGAGGACCCUGCUCGCCCUGGCAGCUUUCUCCACGGCCACAGCCGCCAUCAUCAUUGGGGCUAGAAGUUUCCAUGAGUACCACCAUUUUCUCUUUAAUGGUAUCUGUGAUGUCUCCCCUUCCUGGAGGCCCACUGGGGCCCCCAGCUCUCCGAGUGCAGACGAGGGAAGGCUGCAGCUGUGCACCUCCUAUGUGAACAUGCUGAAGGCCCUGUUCAUAAACAUCAAUGCCAUGCUGUUGGGGGUCUGGGCUCUGCUGCUUCUAGCGUCUCUGGUCCCCCUGUGUCUGUGCUGCUGGAGAAAAUACCGAUGUAAGGAGGUGAGUGCCUAAAGCUUGUGUCUGUGUGUUUGGGGCAGCAGUGCUGUCCAGGGGAGACAGGAAUGGAGAGCGGAUGGUUUGGGGAGGAGAAAAGUGUCAUUACAGUGAGUGUCAAGGGGCAUCAUUCCUGUCUUUCCACCCCAGUAGUGGCCCAGCCCAGAGACCCCCUGUCCCUGACCAAGUAACACCCAGUCCAAAGACCCUAGUGAGGGACUUCCCUGGCAAUCCAGCGGUUAAGACUUCACCUUCCAAUGCAGGGGGUGCUGCUGGUUCAAUCCCUGGUCAGGGAG